GAGCCUUCGCUCGCAUUUGUUCUUGCGCCACAACUACAAGAAAUCCAUUGGAUGUUUCCUUGUGAUACUAAAGGAAGUAUAAUCUCCGAUCCGCGAAAUCAAUCCUCCGCCGCCGCCGCCGCCGCAGGUUGCCGGAGAGGCGGCGAAGAUCGAAGAAACUCAUAAGAGAUCAAGAAAUUCAUCAUCAGGAUAGCCACCGAAUCACUAAAAGUGGCGACUAAAUCCAAAGGUUCUGCCGCGCUCCAUGAGAAAAAUGAACUCACGCAUUUUGUUUCACUCCAUUCUGCUCACUCUUCAGUACGGAGCUCAGCCGCUCAUCUCCAAACGCUUCACCAGCCGGCAAGUUAUUGUGACUUCAUCAGUCUUGACAUGUGAGAUAGCCAAGGUCAUAUGUGCCUUGAUUCUCAUGGCAAAAGAAGGCAGCUUAAAGAAACUAUCAAAGGAAUGGACUUUGUUGGGUUCGCUCACUGCAUCUGGUCUUCCUGCAGUAAUUUAUGCACUCCAAAACAGUUUGCUGCAGAUAUCUUACCGGAACCUUGAUUCACUCACAUUCUCAAUACUGAACCAGACAAAGAUAUUUUUCACCGCCUUGUUUACAUUUAUUCUAUUAAGGCAGAGGCAGUCAAUUCAACAGAUUGGGGCUCUGUUCUUGUUGAUCAUGGCAGCCGUUCUUAUAAGUAUUGGUGAAGGCACUGCAAAAGGUUCUGGCACUGGCAACCCCGAACAAAUUUUAUUUUAUGGGAUAGUCCCAGUCUUGGUUGCUUCUGUUCUCUCUGGUCUGGCCUCCGCAUUGUGCCAAUGGGCUUCUCAGGUGAAGAAACACUCAUCAUACGUGAUGACCAUAGAAAUGUCUAUUGUUGGUAGCUUGUGCUUGUUGGCUAGCACCUUUAAGUCUCCUGAUGGAGAAGCCAUAAGAAGGCAUGGGUUUUUCUAUGGCUGGACUCCAUUAACGUCGAUUCCAGUCAUAUUCAAUGCACUUGGAGGGAUUCUUGUUGGUCUAGUAACCAGCCAGGCUGGUGGUGUGAGAAAGGGGUUUGUCAUUGUUUCAGCACUUCUUGUAACGGCAUUGCUGCAGUUCCUUUUUGAAGGAAAGCCACCAUCAUCUUAUUGUCUUGUGGCUCUCCCUCUUGUCAUCAGUAGCAUUUCAAUAUACCAGAAAUAUCCAUACCGAGUCAAAAAGAAGGAAGCAUGAUAAGCAGAGGAACAUUUGGGAAGUAAUAAAAUUAUCUCUACUUAUUCACAUUAUUUAGUUUCCCAAGUUUUAGGGGGAAAGACAAGGUAAUAUUUUACAUUGUAGCUGUAAUUGCUAGGUUAGGCAAUGAACGUAUUCAGCUAGGUGUUUCAUCUUACCGCUGUUGGCAAGCAAAAACCAAGGUAGUCAUUGGUCUCUAUGACCUUCAGAAAUGCAAAACUUGUAUGAAAUGAAAUAUGAUAUAUGGUGGAAGUGUCACGGUAGGAGCUUUGAGUUAUGACUUACAAAGCGCUGUCUCAUUUGACAUGAUUAUUAUGCGGGCAUAAUGGAUAUUAUGUCUGUUAAAUCAACAACGAAAUGUUGUAAUAUUGAGGGUAGGCAUUGUCUAGUAAUUGUUUGAUUAAAGUUGCUGCAUUGUACCUCGAUGAUGCUCUGGAUGAAUUUCCUCAUCGAGACAACCACAUAGUUCCGUGGCUUGAUUGAGGAAUAUUAUAAAUGCAGGGAGGCACAGGAUGAUUAUGAUGUUCACUCUAAAUGGAUGUAUAUGAUGAUGUUAUAGCAAUUGCUAGGCUGAACAUUGAUGUUAUGAUUAAGAAAUGUAUGAGAUUGAUUACAUUUCCUGAACCCAGUGAAUAUGAGCUCUGGUGUCCAUCUGCAGUUUCAUCUUCCCACCUUGUGUGAAGAGUUCUUAAUAUUUCUCUGCAACACAGAGUCCAUCCUGUUAUGAUCCUCAUGAAGUGAUCAAUGCAAAGGGAAGCGACAUCAUCAAGAUUCCAGCCUUCUUUUGUAUCUGCAUCUCCAGCCAUCGAGUUCCUUCUUGAAACCUUAUAUGUUUUAGAGCAUAUACAAUAGGAAACAAUAAAAAAACUUAAUUUGA